AUGAAUCCUCAUACCACGCCACGCCCCUUUCCGGGCCGCUCAAUAGGGCCCUCGUCCCUUCAGCAGAACCAGUUCCAGCAAAGCCAGCAACCGCAACAGCACCAGCAGCACCAGCACCAGCACCAGCAACAACAUCAACGGCAACCCCUGGCUCCGCAAGUAUCCGCCAACGAGGAAUAUGCCUCCAUCGCCGACGAGGAUCGCGAGCACAUUGACGAAGUCUUCGAUCUAAUGGACAUGAAGAAGAAAGGCUGGCUAAAUUCCUACGAGUUCAAACACUCCCUCGCCGCCCUUGGCUUCGACUUGACCAAACCAGAGUACUUUCGCGAACUUCAGUCCUACGGCUCAGUCCCGCCAGAUUGGCAUGAUCCCCCCUCUUGCCCCGUCAACAGAUACUACGUGUACCUUGACCAGUUCCGCUUAUGUGCCUCGAAGCUUAUUGCCAAUCGAGACCCACGCGAGGAAGCGGCCAAGGUGUUUGCCAUGUUCGAUUACGACCAAGACGGGCUUAUUUCAAUAGAGGACUUGCGACAUCUGGCGCAAGAGAUCAAGGACGAACGCACGCUGUCGGAUGAGGAGAUUCAGAGCAUGAUUGAUCACUUGGACCAUGAUGGAAAGGGAGGUGUGAGCUUGGAUGAAUUUAUGCAGAUGAUGGAGGAGGCUGGGUAG